AUCAUUCCGUGAACAUCAAAAAAGAAAAGUACUUUGUUAAUCAUCCAAUCUCUUGUCGUCUUUCGUUUUCUGAAGAGAAUUUCACCAUUUUCACUGUAAUACAAAUACAUCAGAUUUCAAUCGACGACACAUAAUCAUGGCAUUCACUGUCGUAUCAUUCGAAAUCACCGCGUUCAUCCUUCUCCUGCGUGUAUCUCUACUGACUGCUGGUGAACUGAGAAAACAUAGUGGGAAUUCUGUACGACCUUAUGAUGCGGAUCGUCUCAGACAAGAGAUAAAGAAUUUAGAAAGUGGCCUCAAAUUUUACGACGGAAUGAUAGACAAGAUAGAAAAUUCGACAACCGUUAUGCAAGAAGAAAUGAAAACCUUACAAGACCAGUUGGAAGCACAGGCCACACGAAGGAACACAACUGUCGCUGAGUUUGUCAAGUGUCUAGUCAAUACCUCUGAGGAGCACUACCGACCGGAAAUUUACAGAAGCAUUUCAAAAGCCAUCAGAGAAGUGAAUCAGUCGUAUACCGGUUUCUUCGUCAUGCCCGCUGACAAACCUCUCUGGAACGAAUCUCUAACCCGUGGAUCUGGAUUCGGAGCAAGCCGUAAGUCAAAUCACUGAAUCCCGAUGGUCAGUAAUACUAAACACACCAUGUUCAUUGUAGUCAAUGAAAUGCUGUCAAUACUAUCCUUUCUUCUUUAACAGGUAUUGACCGAACCCCAGAUUUGAGUGUGUGUGACAGUCUCCUGUCGAUUGAACGCAGUAAAGGUUAUUCGAAACAUGCCAUUGCUUUGUUGAAGAUUAUUCUACAAAUUUUAUCAUUCAUAUUUUUCAGGAAGAUGUGUAUCGAUUUGUUCGACUGAUUUACAAUAAUAAUAAUGAUAAUAAUUGAUGGUGUCUGUCACAUAGCAUUCUUAGUGGAUGAUGAAGCUAUUCUCUACAAGGAGAAAUUUGACCUCCUACUUGCAAAUAGCCUAAUGAUUCUUUCCAUGGAUCAGUAGGUUCAUGGUUGGUUCGUUCUCAGCCAGAGUUUCUGGUUGCUAAUUUUAUCUGGCCAUUCUAUUGAUCUUCAAUAUGUGGCUAGUGAAGUUAGCUGUUGAUUGAUGUCUACUUCCCACAGGAAGUGCCGUCAUAGGUUUAUAUACACAACUUCAUGCACACAUACU